ACCACGAUUUAUGAAUCCCACUCUCUACAAACCCUAGAAAUCCUUCACCACCGGAGAAGAAGAAGAGACUGAUUGAUUCUCUAUAUAUAUACAUAUACAUAUAGGUAACAUAGAAAUUCGAGGAAGAUAUGGCGGUUGCGAACGCUUCUUGGGUUACAGGAACCUCACUCUCAAAUAUCCCCCAAAUCAGACAUCCUCUGUCUUCUGGUUUUGAUUUUUCUGUUGCCAGGAGAUCUUUCAGGCUGAGGUUGGUAUCGGGUUCGAGUAAUGCUCUCAAAUCGUUCCCAAUUCAUACCAGUUGUCGUUGCAGCAGCAACGGCACUAAUUCCGAUCACGACACCUCUUCCGAUUGGGAUUGGAAUAGGUGGACUCGCCAUUUCUCCGAAAUCGAGCUCGCUGAGCGUUCUGUUUCUCUUCUUCAGUUUCAACUAGAAGAAGCAAUAGAGAAAGAAGAUUUCCAGGAAGCGUUAAAGUUGAAAACAGCCAUAGCAGAAGCAACGUCAAAGGAUAGUGUUGCUGAGAUUAUGUCUGAGUUGAAGAACGCUAUACAUGAAGAGCGUUAUCAUGAUGCUUCGAAGUUGUGUAAAAAUACAGGAAGUGGUCUGGUUGGUUGGUGGGUGGGUUACUCAAAAGAUUCUGAUGAUCCGUUUGGAAGACUUAUACGCAUAACACCAGGCGUAGGCAGAUUUAUUGGCAGAAGUUACAACCCAAGGCAAUUGGUGUCUGCAUCUCCUGGAACUCCAUUGUUUGAAAUCUUUGUGGUCAAAGAGACUGAUGAAACGUACACUAUGCAGGUAGUGUUCAUGCAACGAGCUAAAACAAGCAACUCAAAAGCCGCAUCUCCAUCCACUUCCUCAUCCACAAAAGGGACAUCAGUUGCAGAUAUUGAGAAUGCAUCUGUAAUUGAUGUGAAAGUGAAUGAAGAUAAACCUGGUAAAAAUGAUGAGAAAAGCAUAAAUUUUGAGGGAGCCACUGAGGACGGGAUAAGAAGCGUGAUAAAUUUUCUUAAAGACAAAAUUCCUGAACUAAAAAUAAAAGACCUGAAGGUUAUGAAAGUCGAUGUUGAAGAAGUAAUCGAGGAUAGUGAUACUGUGAAUCAGCUGAUGCAAGAAGAUGAUGAGAAAACAACUUCGGAUGAGGACUCCGAAGAUGAAACUACUGAUCUGGAUGACCCUCAGCCUGACCGAAUUGUUGUGGGACCAAACAGUGAUGCAUCAGACGACACCAAAAAUUUAGAAAUGAAGCUUUUUGUUGGCGGGGUUUUACACAAUAGGGAGGAUACUCCUUCCAAGGACGAAUUAGUGCGUGUUCCUGCUGAAAUUGAAGAAAUGGAGAAAGACUCUUUUGUGCUACAUGUUCCCAUUAAAAGUCAUGAUCAUGAUAGCGAGGAAAGCAUUGCAUCGAAGGUGAAAAUAGCUGCUAUCGCCAGUCAAGGUGUUUCUGAACUGAUGCCUCCUGAUGUAGCAAAGGCAUUAUGGAGUUCUGAUAAAGUUUCUCGAAAGGUCUCAAGGGAUGUUCGUGAAAUUGUCAAGUUUGCAGUUAGUCAGGCGAAGAAGCGGGAGAAAUUGUCGGAGUAUACAAAUUUUAGUCGGAUCACCACAUCCAGAGGGGAUUUAGAUCCGUUUGACGGUCUUUAUGUUGGUGCAUUUGGCCCAUAUGGUACUGAGGUGGUACAGUUAAGGCGUAAAUAUGGCAACUGGAGUGGUGCGAAUGAUGUUGAGUUCUUUGAGUAUGUUGAAGCUGUGAAGGUGACAGGAGAUCUAAACGUUCCCGCUGGCCAGGUGACAUUCCGUGCUAAACUUGCAAAAGGGAGCCACUUCUCGAACCGUGGGAUGUAUCCAGAUGAAUUGGGAGUGGUUGCGAGUUACAAAGGUCAAGGCAGAAUCGCUGAAUUUGGUUUCAAAAAUCCGAAGUGGGUUGAGGGUGAACUUCUCCAACUUAAUGGCAAGGGCAUGGGACCAUACGUCAAAGGUGCCGACCUUGGUUUCCUCUAUGUUGUCCCCGAGCAAAGUUUUCUCGUGCUAUUUAACCGUUUGAGACUGCCGGAAUAAGCAAGAGCAGCCCAAGAUCCAAAAACAUGCUGCUAGAUUUUGAAGAGAGGGGAUUUCUUUGUUCAUCACUUUCUUCUCAAAGAGGUACCAACCCCACCCCACCCGAAUAACAAUGUAACUAUUAAAAUUUAUCCUUUCUCCUCUAGUCAUACAUGUUAGCAAUAGUUCCUAUAUCGUCAUAUAUGUAUAUUUUUCAAAUAGACAGUAUAACUGUUGCCCUAAAAAUCCAUUACUUGAA